UCAAAUUAAUGUCGUUUUUGGCGGUUUAGAGAUAUUGUUGAUGUUCUUGUGUGUUUAUUGUAUAAACAAUUUGUUAUAAGCAAAAUUAUCAUGUCUAAGAAACCGACUCAAUCAAAUACACUAUUUAACUAUUUUUCAUCUCCGAAAACACCAGUAACUCCCAAAGCAAAUGUGGAAAGUGGCAUCAAAAGUAGUUCAAAAGACACUACUCCAACCACUAGAAACGAAAACCGACCGGCAGGCCCAAAAAAAGAUGAUAGUGAUGAGGAAAUUAAGUUCACUGCAAAGCGCCGCCGAGCUGCCCUAAUUGAUAGUGAUUCAGAACCAGAAAAUGAGUCUCCAAAUAAACGAAAAAUAGCUAAACUUGUAAAACUGCCUGCUAAGAAGCAGAAAUAUGAAUCGUCUAGUGAGGAACCUUCAGGCGAAGAUGAUUGCUCCUCAAGUGAAGAAUCUCGAGAACAGAAAGCUGCUGAUUCCACCAAAAGGACAAGUAAAUCCAGUUCAUCAAAAGACUCGUUAAUGACUUCAUUUGGUUAUACCAAAACAGACGAGAAUGUAGAACUAAAGACAGAGAACGUUGCCGACAGCAAAGUUAAGAAAGCAAAAAAUAAAGCUGGCGGAGAGACCAGUCUGGAUUCUGGAUGGUUACACGAUACUCUUCCAUUUUUAAAGCCUGACAAAAUAAGAGAUGCUCAAAGAAGGCCUCCCUCUGAUCCUAAUUAUGAUCCACGAACGAUUUAUGUGCCCAAAGAUUAUCUAGAUUCGCUCACUCCAGCCAUGCGACAGUGGUGGAUAUUGAAGAGCGAAAAUAUGGACGCAGUUCUAUUUUUUAAAGUGGGGAAAUUUUAUGAGUUGUAUCAUAUGGACGCUGUAGUUGGGGUGCAGCAAUUGGGCUUUUCCUAUAUGAAGGGGGAGUUUGCACAUUCCGGGUUUCCAGAAAGUGCAUAUGGUAAGAUGGCUACGACGUUGAUUGAUAAGGGCUUUAAAGUAGCUAGAGUUGAGCAAACGGAAACUCCUGAAAUGAUGAACGAACGUUGUAAGCAACUGAAGAAAACUACAAAAUUUGAUAAAGUAGUUGCAAGAGAGAUUUGUCAAGUUACCACAAAGGCAUCGUGUAUCUAUGGAGCUCAAAUGCCUGAAGCUAGAUCUGAAAUUGGAACAUAUUUGUAUGCGGUAGCUGUAAAGCUAAACACUGAUAACUCGAGCAGAUUUGGUGUUUGUUUCAUAGAAACAUCCAUUGGUACUUUCCACAUAUCAGAGUUUAAUGAUGAUAAGCAUUGCUCUAAAUUAUUGGCGCUUUUUGCCGAGUACACUCCUGGUUUGAUUUUAACUGAAAGAGGAUCAAACUAUGGUCCGUUUAAACAUCUACUAAGUACGCACCUAAAGGACGUUAUGCAAGAGACAAUGGCAUCUAAGUCCCAGUUUUAUACCGCCGCUGCCACACUGGAAACCUUGUUUUCGGAAUGCUACUUUAAGAAUAAAGAGGGAGCAUUCGAAUGGCCCGAAGCAUUUCAGGAAUUUGCCGAAGAAUGUAACCCCAAGUCACAAUAUGAACUUGCGCUAAGGUCAUUAGGAGCAAUCCAUUGGUUUUUAAAGCAUUCCCAUUUGGACAUACAACUGUUUUCAAUGAGGCUGUUUGAAAAGUAUGAACCGGUUAAUUUGAAGAGUAGCUCAGAACAUAAACAUGUUGAACGCGAUUACAUGGUACUAGAUUCUACUACGAUUAAUAAUCUGAGUUUGCUUGGAGGCAAAGGCACGUUACAGAAAACUCUAGAUUUUUGCAAAACUCCGUUUGGUAAGAGACUGCUGCCGCUUUGGAUAUGUCGGCCUCUUUGCAAUGUAGAGAAGAUUAAUCUCAGAUUGGAUGCUGUAAAAGAAUUAUUUGAAAAUCCUCAGAAACUGAAGGCGUGCCAAGAGGUCUUAAAAACAAUGCCCGAUUUGGAGCGGCAAGUUGCCAAAAUACACACUUAUGGGAACAAGUUUUGCUCCACAAAUCACCCAGAUGGUCGGGCUAUAUUGUAUGAGGCCAAAACUUACUCAAAACGAAAAAUCAUCGACCUUUUAAAAACUCUGAGGGGUUUUGAAGCGUCCCAGGAAAUUGCUGGCAUUUUUAAGGGAUGCGAAUCACGCUUAUUGCGAAAGAUUACCCAGUUUGCUCCAAAUGGAAUGAACGUUGAUUUGAAAGAAACGUUAGAGUUUUUUAAGCAAGCGUUUGACCAUACUUCGGCAGAGAAAGAAGGCACGAUUAUACCUAAACGAGGCGUCGAUCAAGAUUAUGAUGACGCCGAAAAUGCCAUCGAAGAAAUAAACAAAGAACUAGGGGAUUACUUGAAGGAACAGUCUAAGCAUUUUGGUUGCCAACUCAGUUAUUUCGGAACGGAUAAAAAAAGGUUCCAGUUGGAAGUACCAGAGAAUAGAACCAGUAGGGCCGAUGGCAAUUAUCAAUUGGAAUCUCAGAGGAAAGGAGGCAAGCCGGUCAAAAGGUUUUCUACUAACAGAACAAGGGAUUUACUACACAAGAUGUUAAAAGCCGAAGCCGAACGGACCAAAAUUGUCUUGGACUUGAAUAGAAGAAUAUUUGAGAAGUUUAGCGAAAGGUAUGAUCAAUGGCAACAGGUCAUUCACUGUCUGUCCAUGUUGGAUCUUCUAUGUUCUCUUGCAGAAUACGCGUCGUCCUUCUCCGAUGAUAUUUGUAAGCCAAAUGUACUCCCAUUCUCAGCACAGCCUUUAAUUUCUAUUGAAAAUGGAAAACAUCCCUGCGCCAAAAACAUUGAAAAUUUUGUCCCUAACGACACUUUUAUGGGUACCGAUAAUCAAGCUCCUCUCUUACUGCUUACUGGCCCUAAUAUGGGCGGUAAAUCCACUCUUAUGAGGCAAGUGUCCAUCAUUUGCAUUAUGGCCCAAAUGGGAAGUUUUGUUCCGGCCACACAGUGUUCCCUGAGUUUGAUAGACAGAGUGUUCACUCGAUUGGGAGCUUCGGACGAUAUAGUCAGAGGCGAAUCGACAUUCUUUGUUGAAUUGAGCGAAGCUUCAACAAUUUUAAAGCAUGCCUCAAAAGAGUCGUUACUUAUUAUCGAUGAACUGGGAAGAGGCACAUCCACACAUGAUGGAAAUGCCAUAGCCACAGCUUACGUGAAGAAACUGAUGGACAUGAAGUGCAGAACAUUGUUUUCUACUCACUAUCAUACACUUGUGGAUAAUUUCGUGGGUAACCCGGAAGUACAACUAGGACAUAUGGCUUGUUUGGUGGAAAACGACAAUAAUGAAACCGAAGAGUCAGUUACUCUGUUGUACAAGCUGGCAGAAGGCCGCUGUCCCAAAUCUUUCGGAUUUAACGCGGCCAGGCUAGCAGGAUUACCCUCACAAAUUGUUGCAAGAGCACGUGAGUUAUCCAGAGAAAUAGAGGCAGAAGAUAAGUGCAGAUCUGUGCUGAGCAAGGUGUUCAAUACCACAGCAAAUCUGGCUGAGGUUAUAGGGAUGAUUUCCAGUUUGGAGGUUUGAAUCUUCACUUUCGUUCAAAGAUCAGAGCCAUCCAUAUUAACUAGGCUAGUUUGUUGGAAAAUAGAAGCGUUUUAUUUCGUCUAAGUCGAAUAUUGCAGAUCUGAUGCCUGUCCUAUUGCCCUUUCAUAGAAUAGGCCGUUGAUAUUUUAUUUGUUUGUUGUUAUAUGUUACCAAUUUUUGCUUUAUGCUAAUAUUCAACUAAGAUUAGUUUACCAUAAUAAAGCUCUAUUUUUAAUUUUUA